GAGCCAGCUCCCAGCCUCAGGCACAUGAUCUGUGAAAAGAGGGAGCUGGCAUACACACAUGUGCCAACUAUAUAGAAAUGCACAUCUCCAGCUCCUGGCCGCCUCGCUGCCUCGCUAGCUCGCUCGCUCUCCUCUGGUCAGAGGGACUGCACCAACCUGCCUUCCCAGCAAGGGGGCUCCAGAGGCAUUGUCCAGCAAGGGCACCAGGCCUGAGGAUCUGGACAGCUCCUUGGGGAUGUCCAGGACCUCAAGAGGAGAUGUCCUCAUGGCUGGGGCCACCUGUGCCUGAUAUCACUCCUGAAUCGGUUGUGGAGCUGUGGAAGGCUGAAGCCCAGGAUGCUAAGCAGCUAUGGAAGGCUGAGACUCAAGAUGUGGUGGACAGCCUGGGAAAGGCUGGUAGCAACUUCAUCCUUGGGGAGGAAGCCAGGACUUCCCAUCCCAGUAAGGGAGGCUCAGAGGCUCAGUUUGCAGGACCAGCAUCUGUCCUAUUCCCCUGCUCAGAGGUUCAUGCAGAGUCUGCAGAGCAGCGGCCACUAAAGAGGAAAAAGGGGCCGGCUCCCAAGAUGCUGGGGAACGAGGUCUGCAGCGUGUGUGGGGACAAGGCUUCAGGCUUCCACUACAAUGUCCUGAGCUGCGAGGGAUGCAAGGGAUUCUUCCGCCGGAGCGUGAUCAAGGGCGCCCGCUACACCUGCCACAGUGGUGGCCAGUGCCCCAUGGACACCUACAUGCGUAGGAAGUGCCAGGAGUGUCGCCUGCGGAAGUGCCGCCAGGCAGGCAUGCGGGAGCAGUGUGUCCUGUCGGAGGAGCAGAUCCGUCUGAAGAAGCUGAAGCGUCAGGAGGAGGAGCAAGGCCAGGCAUCGUCGUCGCUGACCCUGCAGGCCCCCUCGCCGCCCCCGGCCCUGCCUCAGCUCAGCGUGGAGCAGCGGGGCAUGAUUGAGAAGCUGGUGGCUGCCCAGCAGCAGUGUAACCAGCGCUCCUUCUCUGACCGCCUCCGGGUCACGCCCUGGCCUCUGGCCCCAGACCCCCAGAGCCGCGAGGCCAGGCAGCAGCGCUUCGCCCACUUCACGGAGCUCGCCAUCGUCUCUGUGCAGGAGAUUGUGGACUUUGCCAAACAGCUGCCCGGCUUCCUGCAGCUCAGCAGGGAGGACCAGAUCGCCCUGCUCAAGACGUCGACCAUUGAGGUAAUGCUCCUCGAGACGUCCCGGAGGUAUAACCCUGGCAGUGAGAGCAUCACCUUCCUCAAGGAUUUUAGCUACAACCGCGAUGACUUUGCCAAGGCAGGGCUGCAGGUGGAGUUCAUCAACCCCAUCUUUGAAUUCUCCCGCGCCAUGAACGAGCUUCAGCUCAAUGACGCUGAGUUUGCUCUGCUCAUCGCCAUCAGCAUCUUUUCUGCAGACAGGCCCAACGUACAGGACCAGCUUCAGGUGGAGAGGCUGCAGCAUACCUAUGUGGAGGCCCUGCACGCCUAUGUCUCUAUCCACCACCCAAAUGACCCCUUAAUGUUUCCACGGAUGCUAAUGAAGCUGGUGAGCCUCCGCACCCUGAGCAGUGUCCACUCAGAGCAAGUGUUCGCCCUCCGCCUGCAGGAUAAAAAGCUCCCGCCCCUACUGUCGGAGAUCUGGGACAUGCAGGAAUGAUCCUCUUCCGUGUCCUAGCCUCAUGUGCACUGGGGUGAAGGAUGGGCCAGUGUGUGGAUAUGGGGAGAGAGCUGGUGAAUGAGGAGGGGAAGACAUCUCUUUGGGCUAGACUGGGGUGGAGAUCCUAAGUGGGGCAUUAAAAGAGAGUUGAAGGGUUGGGAGUUCUCUGGCUAUUAGGGAAAGUGGGGACACGGUCUAGGCAGAGAGGAAUGACCAGCUUGGGAUGCCUGUUUUGCACAAGGCUCUCUAAGCCCACUGCCAUUGCUUCCUGCCUUCUUCACAUCCGUUGGUCAAAUGACAUGUCAUCCCUCUGUGCCUGGCUGAGAAGACACCCUGGGCAUGACGUGUACCAUCUCACAGCCUGACCACUGGGGCAUCCUUUGACCAGAAUGUAAAAUGGAGACUAAAGUGUCUGAGUUUCUAAGGAAGGGAAGGAGACCUGUGGAAGUGGAAAUUCUUGGAGGUCAAACCAAGGACAAAACCUCUGCUCUGGAGCCAUCCUCUCCCCUUUCAUCCCAGAUGAUAGUUUGUUUAUAAGA